UAAUUACCCAUCAAGACUCCGCCAUCCAGAAAUUUCUCUCAACCCCUCCCUGACCUUGUUUAUAUGAUUUUGCUCCCUGCUGGGUAAAGGAGGACAGUCUGGGACAUGUCCUUAAACUUCUUGAGCCAGCUCCCUGGGGAUCCUCGCCCACCAAUGGAGGAAGUGGGGCUGCUUGAACGGGAACGGGUGUGGUUUUACUAGCCAGGACGCUGGGCUCUCCCCCUUCUGCUGGCUGAGAGACCUGUGCCAGCCCCCCACCCCGACUCUGUGCCUCAGUUCCUUGGAAAGGGUUGGAUUAGCUAUUUCUGGAAAUGGAAUGCACCCUCAGGCUGGAGUUAGCAAUAAUAAUGUUAAUACCUGUAUAGCAUUAAGGGCUGUUUAUCUAGGGCUUACUGUGACUGGCACCUUCUAGCCACUUAUCACGGUUCACUCACUAUGUUUUGACAUUCAGGAUUCGCAGGCAGGCCUUACAACUACCCAAUAAGGGAAGUCCCGUUUUGUAGACGGGAAUACUGAUGCCCAGAAAGGUUACGUCAUUGGCCUAACAGCACAAGCAAAUAAAGGGCAGAGCUGGGAUCCCGACCCAGGUCUGUAAGACUUCACGGUCGGUUUCUUCUUAUUCCCAGUGAGGGCUCUAACCUCCGGGGAAAGCGUACUUGGGACUCAUUAGCCCUAAUCAGGACUAAUUAAGAGCCUCCUUUAAGCCAGGAAGCCAUCUAAGUACAAGACGUCACGAAGGAACACGGUGACAACAGCCAAGGCGGGCGUGGGAACCCAACCACGCUCCCGCGAGCAGCAGUUUAACGGCACCGCCCCCUGACCCGCCUCACUUCCGCUGUUUAUUUGCAUAUUCAGUAGCCGGACGUCACGCGUCAGCGUCGACGCGGUGACAUCAGGAGCGCCCCUGCAGUGCCCCCUCCCGGAGCGUAGACACGCACGCACGCACGCACGGAAACGAACGGGCGGGGGAGGAGGGAAAGAUCGGAGGCGCCCCGCCCAGUCAGCGAGGUUGCGCGUGCCCCGUGCGGCCGCCAAGAUGGUGGUAGGCGCGUUCCCCAUGGCGAAGCUGCUAUACCUGGGCAUCCGGCAGGUCAGCAAGCCGCUUGCCAACCGCAUUAAGGAGGCCGCCCGCCGAAGCGAGUUCUUCAAGACCUAUAUCUGCCUCCCGCCCGCUCAGCUGUACCACUGGUUGGAGAUGCGGGCCAAGAUGCGCCUCUUGGGCUUCAAUGCGGAAGCCGUCAAGCCGCUGAACGAGGACGCGGCCGCCGAGCUGGGCGCCGAGCUGCUGGGCGAGGCCACCAUCUUCCUCGUGGCCGGCGGCUGCCUGGUGCUGGAGUACUGGCGCCACCAGGCGCACCACGGUCGCAGGAGGCGAGAGCGGCACGCCGCCUGGGAGGCGAUGAGCGACGACGUGGGCCGCCUGGCGCUGGCGCUGGACGCCCUGCAGGCGCAGGUGCGCGCGGCGCCUGCGCAGAGCGCGCUGGAGGAGCUGCAGGCGCAGAUGCGAGAGGUGCGCGCCCGGCUCUGCGCCCUGGACCCGCCGUCCGCACCCCAAGCGACGCCCAAGGAAUAGAGGGACUGCAGGGGCCCUGGUCUUCGCUGUGGCCCUUGUGUGGGCCGUGACGCCUCUGCCAUGGCCUUCUGUCCACACCGUCCACUUAUGAACCUGCUCAGCUAAUACCACCUGGUCCCUUUAGGGGCGGAAGGGAGGCUGGGCUGGGGCGGAUCCAACCGGCUUGUGGUCACCUCCCUACUCACCUGCCCAGAGGCACCCUCCGCAGGGACUCUGUUCCCACAGGAGUCCCUUUGUUCUAUCCACACACCCCCACACACACACCCCUAGGGUCAGCGCGCUGGUUUAACACUUCACAAUGGAAAGACAGUGUUCCAUCGGAUCCCACCCACCCAGUCCUACGUGGGCCAGCGGGACACAUGGACCUUGCCAACUCAUUCUGUCACACCUCACUCAGCAGUGGGCUUUCCGACGGGUCGCUCAUCCAUUACACCCCCUUCUGCGCUGGUACAGACCAUUGUAAAGAAAAUGCGAACUCCCAGUGACAGACCCCAUCACUUUCCGUCUUCCUCACUUUAGAGGGGACAGAGACGGAUGGAUCUUGGAGUGCCUCAGGUCCAGUGAGUCACCCUGUGGCUCCUGCCUUCCGUCCACCAUCCAUUGGUACCUCAGUAGGUCAUCGCCUCAAGCGGUUCGCUCCAGCAGAUACCCCCACUUUAGUCUGCGGCAUAAGCAUGGGAAAGGCGGUGCAGGGUCUCCCCAGCAUCUGUGGUCAGUUCCAACACGACUGUCCUCCGGGACAGAAAUAAUUGGUCCUGCCUAGGGAUGAACCAUUCUGUUUGGGUCUCAAGCGUUGUUUUACCUGAAGUUCCGGGCCUUCUGUGGUCCUUUUCCACUGUCGUUCCCUGCUAGCUUUUCCUAGAGACCCACCCAGUCCCUUGCUACGUGGGUCACUUGUCACACACCCCCAUCUCUCAUCCGAGCCUGCUCUCAAGUACUCAGGGAUCCCUGUUCCUUCUUGCCUCUGGACAGAUGGCCCAGCCCACCCUCACCCUCCUUCACGGAGCGGUCUCACUCCUGCUCAGCCCUGAAGCCCCCCACCCCCACCCAAAUGAAAUAUUCCAACCAAGCUACCCCACCUACCCGCUGCCAACCCACUGAACCACCCAAGGGGGUGGGCGUGAGCUCUGUGACUUCGUUAAGACUGCGAAUAUUUUAUGAUUAAAGGAGUUCUGGGGUAAAGAAGUCAUCUUUAA